UGGGAUUUUGUUUCUCACCGAAGCCGAAGCGAAGCGAUAAAUAUCGGUUGAGACGUCAUAGUUUUCGGUGCCUACCGUAAAACGGAAUUUUGUUUUUCAUAUUUAUCGCAUCGGUGUAUUAAUUUUUAUCGGUUGGUAACCCCCAACCGAUAAAAUGACAUAACCUAACUUUUUCACGUUAUGCUAGGCGACGCCAAGCGAAGGCGCCAAAAAGAAGAUUGAUUGAGCACCAGACGAGUGUGGUGUUCCUUCUUUCAAGUUUUAUUUGCGUUGUUUUUGGAAGGUUGAAACCGUGUGCGAGGUAAUUGCAGUAUUUAUUUAACAUAUCGUGUAUAUUAUAAAUAAAACAUGAUUAACAUAAACAUUUUUUUAUUUAAAGAACAGUUUCAGUUUAAUUAAGUUGUAGAAAGAUAUUUAAACGAAUUUCUGAUAUUUAGAUGGAGCCAAAGCGAACUGCAAAGGCUUCACAACAACAGAAGGCAAUAAUGCUGGAGUUUAUGCAUGACCAUUUGCCUUUUGCCAGGGGUCAAUUUUCAGAUUCGGCCAUGGUAUCAAAACUGUGGAGUAAUCUAACCAUUGAACUAAAUGCGGCAGGAGGUGCCAUGAAGGAUCGAAAACAAUGGCAACGGUGUUGGAGUGACUGGAAGUCAGUCGUUAAGUCUAAAGCUGCACAACUGAAGGCAAAACAGCAAAGGACUGGAGGUGCUGGGCCAUCAAAUGAUUCGACUCUCUCUGGUUUAAGUGAAAUGGAGUGCCGAAUUUUAAGCAUCAUUGGCCCAGAUUAUUGUGGUGAUGGGAAAACUCCAGAGUUUCCCUCUGUUUCAAUAGUAGAAAAUAUUCCUUCUGUUCUUGUUAUAACACCAGUCAUACCAUCUGGCUCCAAAGCUCCCAUUGUUGUACCAACAGCCAUACCAUCUGGCUCUGAAACUCCUCCUUCUCCUCCACCAAUGUCAGGUUCACCAGUGCCUCCUGAAGAAACAGCAAUUAAUUCUGUUAACAUCUCACCAUCCCCAUAUUUGUCCUUACCUUCACGAAAAAGAAAGCGUCCAAGCCCAGAAACCCUACCUGAAAAUCUGCUCAAAGCAGAGAAAGAGGCCAAUAUUCUUCGUGAACGGCAAGCCAUUGCUUUGGAGCGAAUAGCUGAUGUCAACACCAACAUUUUGCAAGCGUUGCGGGAACUAAUUGAUGUGAUGAUGUUGCGUUAAUUAAGCUUCGUUUUUUUUUGUUUUUUUUUUUCUAAC